AUGGAUUCCCAAAUGCUGUGCUACAAUUGUCGAAAGCCUGGACAUUUUAAGGCAAAUUGCCCACAUCCAAUGGUGAGCAAACAUCAGAACUCUGGCACGACAAAAGAAACCAGCGAAUCCAUCAAAAGGAGUGACAAACCAGAAUCGUCAAACUCCAGAAACGAAAGAAGGAGAAAAGCAAUGGUCGUAAAUGAAACGACCGAAAACAAUGAAUCCGAAAGCAGCUCCUCAAGCUCAAGUUCAGAUGAUGACAGUGCUGAAGAAGAAAAGGGACUGCUGUGUCUAUUCAGCGAGGAAGAAGAAUCAAGUGAAAUGUGCCUUAUGGCACAAGAUGAAGAGGUAGACUCUCAAUCCUCUUCCUUUCUUUCGUUAGAAACAAACUCAUCAAAUGAUCAAAACUCCAAUGAAUCUGUCAGUGAUAUGAUGAGGAGAUUUGCUAUCAUAAAUAGCACAUACUCAGAAUUGAAAGAGGAGAACUCUCGACUAUUGAUCAGCCACAAUGAGCUAAGGCGAGUUCGAAUUGAGAACGUAAAGCUAGCCAUUGUAAAGGAUCAGCUUGAAAAGCAAGUUCUAUCUCUCAAAGAGCAGUGUACAGAAAGAGAAAAGCGGGAGCAACAUUUGCGUGAGGUUCUUGAAUCAUUUAGUAAUUCGUCCAAACUAAUGGGCAGAAUGGUAAAUGGUUCAAAACCGUCUGGGGAUAGAACCAGAAUUGGUUAUGACCUCAGCUCCUCUUCACAUGUCACCUUAAACAAACCCACAAAUGUUUACACCCGUGAAAGUUUUGCAUCUGCUUUUGUUCAAGGUCCCACUCAAAUGUCUGAGCCAGUGACCAAAGUUAACAACGGUUAA